AUGAUCCCGAUUCCGAUGAACCUGGAUAUCGAGCAAGUCUGCGGCGUUUCCAGCAACGCCGACGCCGAGGCACCCGAGGCAGAGGCCAAGGUAUCACGACAAUCCCAGGCGGACAAGGAAAGCAAGCCCAAGAAACGGCAGCGAAACGGUUCCCCGGCGAAGUCGAAUGAGGACGAUGAAGAGGACGGCGGCCUGCUAGUCGAGUACCCAGACCCGGCUCCAUCAGCACCCACGCGCGGCCAGGACUUCGGGCCGGCGUUUCCGUCAGCAUUCCGGCGCUUCUCCGAGCUUGUCCGCGACUAUAUCCCUGAGUCAUAUGAGGACAACGACGCCGAAUAUGACGAGGAGGAUAACCUGGGCAAGGAGGACUUCCUGGGCGAGGAAGAGUUCCUGGGAGUGGAUGUUGACGGCGACUUCGUGGCGGAGCUGGAGAAGGAGUUGGAGCAAGAACUCAGCGGCCUCGAUAUGGAAGAUGCAGAGAGCGAAGUUAGUGAGGACGAUGGCAUUGACUACAACAUGGAGAUGAAGGACGAAAAGCCUGAAGCCGUCAUCCCUCUGGCCACAGUAGCCUCCGUAUCACAUGGACGGAGCAACAAAUCGCCCAGGGGCAGCAAUACAGACAGCGUGUCCGACUGUCCUCUCCAUGGAAUGUCCACGACUGCACGACUGCCGCCGCCUAUCAGCCAUACCAGCGUUGGAACUGCAGCCCCUGUUCAGGAACGCCCCAAGCGCAGCAGCAUCCAGUCUUGCCCCUGCAAUACAGAGUCGGAGCCACUUAACUUGAGCGCUUCGCCGCAGGAGAUGCAUUUGGAAGAAUCGGAUGACCUGGACCACACCGACUCUGGCCAUCAGGCCAAUGAGUCAUAUCCUCACCCGGGAUCCAACGCGACGUACACGCUUGGAGUGGACCUUCGGAAGCGCGUAUAUAAUCGAUUCAGCUCUGGAACCCGGAUGUGGCUUGUCGAGCGUCUGAAAGCAAGUACUCGCAGCAUAUAUGAACCGUCAGAACUGGAAACCGUGGCUGAUACCAUGCUCGUGCUCGCCCUUGUCAAAGCCUGCUUUGCCCAGCGCUACAGGCAGGUGGAAGAACAUGUUGGUUUGAUCUUGGACAAUUGGCAGAACCAGAAGACGAUUCUGGAUGACCUCAUAAUGCGAAUGGUGGGCGAAGAUGAUGAUGAUCGAGAAGAACGCGAUGAAUUUUUGUCCACGGAUCUACUUGAACUACUGUCGUUAUGA